UUAGUGUUCGAUGAUUUCUCGAAACAGUAAGACAGUGAUCAAAUUUAUAUACCUUUGGCACUCGUAAUUUGAGACGGUGUGAACUAUAUUAUUGUUACAAAUUGUUAAUUGUUAUAAAAUACUGUAUUUUAAUUAACACACGAUUUUAAUAUAUAUGUAUAGGCGCUUUACAUGGAAAUUAAAAUGGCAUUCCGAUAUGUUUUAUUAAAAAUUGGAUUAAUAUUAAUUGCGAUAAUAACUUUUUCUAUUGCUGAAUUUACGCAAAAUAACACUGAAGUUAAUUACAAAUUGUCGUAUGGCCUAAUGCCGUUACAUUAUGAUGUCAAAUUAGCAUUUGACUUCUACAAAUAUGUCUUUUUUGGUGAAAGUAAUAUUACUUUUCAGGUUUAUGAUACACCUACUAGCAGGUUUAUGAAACUUACUAUGCCCUCAGUAAUUUUUGGUAUAUUUAAAAUUUAUCUUAUUAACAUCAAUAAUAAUAAUAAGUUGAAUAACAUCUCGAAAUAUUCAUUUAUUAAUAAGACGCACAUUUAUAUUGAUUUCACCAAUUCAGAAAAUACUUUAUUUUCUGGUACAUAUAUCUUAAAGAUGAUAUAUGUCGGCACCAUAUCUGAUGACAAAAACUUUCGCGGAUCUUUAUAUAAUGUAUUGAAUGCAACAGAUGUUAUGACAAUAAAGGCCCGACAAAUAUUUCCAUGCUGGGACACAUCAUUCAAGGUCACUUAUAACAUUUCCAUCAUCCAUAAGAAAAAAUACACAAUUUUAUCAAAUAUGCCUAUACAAAAAAAAGUUGAAGAUAAAAAUGACAUGAUGUGGACACACUUUCACAAAUCACCUUCAAUGUUACCUGAACAUUUUAUGAUUCUAAUAACUACACUCACUAAUAUUUCUUCGUAUGCAAACGUCACAUUUUGGGGCAGACAGAACAUGACAAAUUAUACACGUUUUGCAGAAAAUAUUGCCCAACAAGCCAUAUACUUCCUAAAUUCAAAAUCUCAACUCACAAAAAUGUCAAAAAUAGAUUGCGUUGUAAUUUGGGAUCCUCAACACAGUAGCCUUGAAACAAAGGGACUCGUUCUAAUAAGAGAAGAAGAUAUUAUAUAUAAUGAAAUAUUAAAUCCCGUUGUGCGCCAACUGGAAGUAGCAAACUUUAUGUCACGUAAAGUGAUACAGUUUUGGUACAAUGACGUAUUUCUGUGGUUAAAAGAAGGUUUUGUAACAUUCAUUGGAACGUAUAUCUUACAUAAGAUUCCAUUAUACCUGCCUAACAUAAUGGAGUUAUUUGUUGUCCAACAACAACAGGAGUCUUUACGUUUCGAUACUCCUUCUGUUAUAGAUCCUCUUACAUUAACGUGUGACAGAAAUAUCUCUACAGAUCAUUUAAUAAGAUCACCUCCAUAUUAUCUCAAAUCACCUGUUAUAUGGUACAUGUUAUUGUAUCUAUUACCUCAGAAUGUGUUUUGGACGAGUAUCCAAAAAUAUGUAGACAUGCAGUAA